GGAGGUGAAGCAGGUGAGGGCCGCGAACACACCUGGCCGCGAGGAGUCACAGGCUGCAGGGAAAAGGGAAGUGAGGCGGAUGAGACCACCAGCAGAGACAUUCUACUGAUAAGGAGAGGAACACAAGAAGAUAGGAAUGGCGUCUUCUAUGAAGAAACCCUUCUUCAUUGUGACCUACGAGGAGGUGAGCUCACAGGUCAUAGGAAGCCGUCAGGUAAUCCAUGUGACAUACCGCACACUAAUUGUACCUUGCUCCGGCGUGCAGUGGGUGCCUUGGACACGCGUGGUGCCGCAGCAGGACGGCUCGGUGCGCAUCACAGGGCCCAUGGGCAACGUGCUAGACAUCCUCUCCAACAACAUGCAGUUUGACUACGAACUGAUUCGCUCUCCCGAAAAGAUCUGGGGAGGACCCGACGAGAACGGCAAAUGGAAUGGCAUGCUGGGAAUGCUACAACGAGAGGACGCUGAGUUCGCGGUGGGUCCCUUCACCAUCACGCCGCAGCGGGAGACUAUCUGUGACAUGUCUGUCCCGCUUUCUGGGGCAAACAAGGCAAUGAUGAUGGAGAGGCCGAGGUUGCGGACAGACAUGGCGGGCUUCCUGAAGGCCUUCACACUGGAGGUGUGGCUCCUGACGGCGAUGAGCAUGUUGGCAAUCAGCUGCGCCACCAUAGUACUGAUGAAGAUCGAGGGACGCGUCUUUGGCCACGUCGUCAAGAACCUUUACUGGCACACUAUCCUGUGGGUGAUCAAGUCCUUCGCACAGGAGGGUUCUCUGUGGCUGCCGCCCUAUGAUACAGGCCGCGUGCUGGUCACCACCUGGCUGCUGGCGUCCCUGGUGUUCAUGUCCUCCUACAGCGGCAUCCUCACCGCCAUGCUCACUCUGCCCCGAGUCACCAUUCCCAUUGACUCCCUGGCAGACCUGGUGGCGCAGGACGACCUGCCCUGGAAGCUGGAGGGAGGAACAUCGCUGCAUCAGUACUUCAGGGAGGCGAAGAGCGGCGUACAGCUGGAGGUAUACCAGCGUCUGGGCGGCACCUUCAAGGACUGCUGGGAGGCGCGUCAUGAGGUGGUGGAUGGGAAGUACGUGGCCUUGUGUGACGACACAACCAUCAUCAAGGUCAUGGCGUGGGACUUUGGCACCACCGGGGACUGCCACAUCUACAUGGCGCGGGAGAGCGUCAUCUCCAGUGUGUGGAUGGGAAUUGCCUUCAGGAGGAACUCUACUUACAUUCGCCAAGCCAACAGAUUCAUUCGCAUGAUGACGGAGGCGGGGCUAGUGCAGCACUGGCUCAACGAGGAGAUCGGAAGCGUCCCUCAGUGUCUCAGGCCACCCAGCGCAGACCGCAGUGACGGCAUUGCUGCCCUCAAUUUCGAGGCCUUCAGCGGACCCCUGCUGGUGCUGGGUGGAGGAUUCUGGUUGGCGGUGAUCUCCUUUGUACUGGAGGUCCUGAUCGGGCGCUUCUCAGACGGCACGACAAACUGAAGCUGUGCUGCAGGAUGGCAACACAAGCGGCGUUUGUGGAUGACAGACCCACAACUAAUUUUUCUUGAGAAUCCUACGUCAUAUUUCAAAGUUUCCAAACAAACGUGUCACACAAAAAUAUCCUAUUGUAAUAAACGUUCAA